ACUAAGGGUCCUGGGAUUCGUUCCAUCAAACGAGUCGGAUCUCGAAGCCUCGGAGCACCUCACUUCUCUUUUCGCUCUGGAGACGAGCAUGAUGCCAGACCACGGCCACGACAUUUUCAUCAACGUUUCAAUUACAAGUUUGUGUUACUGUGCAACGCGAGACAGGGCCACGGAACUUCAGUGUUGCAACUUCCAAGAAAACCGAUAUUGCAAAGACCCUACACACCAAAUGUACAGUUUUGUGUCACAAAACCAUUGGUACAG